GAGGUCAUGGUGGAGCCCGUUGUGGCGUCUGACGGCUUCACGUACGAGCGAGCUGCCAUCUGCAAGUGGCUGACUGCGGGGAAACGCACCUCACCGAUGACCAACCAACAGUUCACCUCCCGGUUGCUGUUUCCAAACAACGUACUUAGGUCGGCUAUC